AAGGCAGGUAGUCUGAGCCAAACACCCCCAAUUGGCAUCCCUACCUAUAAUAAACUUCGCUCAAGUUCCACUAGCAAUCAUCUCCACUAGGGGCUAGCAAGUAGCAACUAGUAUGAAUACCCUGUUACUUCAAUUCAUCUUUUUCAUCGACCCUUCUUCAAAUUAAACUAUCAAGCAUUCAACAAUGGCGAAUCAACUUUACAACGGUCACCAAAACUCACUUUCAAACAUCUACAACCCCUCUACAAGAUCCGCCAUUAAUACCACCUACCCUGCUGAACCACCUUCGCUUCUAAGCUCUUCCCGCUACCUUUCCUCUUUUCCCGACCCUCACUCUCUCUCAUCUGACUCUCCUUCUGAAUCUGUUCGCCGCUCUCUCUCCUACUCUGACACCCAUGGAUUGACCGCUGCUUCUAGAAGCAUCGUUCCAACGGCUACUUCCACCUCUCUUUGGCCUUCUUUUGACGUGUUUUCUGCUUACAGGAAGCGCCCCUCUGAAGCUCUCUACAACCAUUCUGUUCUGGGUGCCCACAUGGUUGGGCAAAAUGAGGCUUGGUUUUCUUCUGAUUCUUUGGCCAAGCGCCCUAGAUUCCAGAGCGCAAGCAAUUUGCCUGUUUAUCCGCAAAGGCCUGGAGAAAAGGACUGCACGCACUAUAUGCUUACUAGAACCUGUAAGUUUGGAGAUAACUGCAAGUUUGAUCACCCUAUUUGGGUUCCUGCAGGAGGAAUUCCUGAUUGGAAAGAGCCUCCCGCAGUUCCUUCUGAAAUUUACCCUGAAAGACCAGGAGAGCCAGACUGUCCGUACUUCUUGAAGACUCAAAAAUGCAAAUUUGGUCUGAAGUGCAAAUUUAAUCAUCCAAAGGAUAAACUGAUAUUGGCCCAGGAUACUUCUGCCGAAACUGAUGCUUCAGAUUUACCUGAGAGACCAACGGAGCCUUUGUGUUCGUUUUAUACGAAGACUGGAAAAUGUAAAUUUGGCGCAGCAUGCAAAUUCCAUCAUCCAAAAGAUAUCCAAGUGCCAUCAGAUGGACAAGAAGCUGAUGAUGAAGAGCAGACUCAUUCAAUAGACCAUCUUGGUACUACUAGUGAUGGAAAUUCACUCAAAGCGCUUACCUCAAAUCCUGCAUCAUCAUAUAACUCUAAAGGAUUACCCGUACGUAUGGGUGAAGUGGAUUGCCCAUUCUACUUGAAAACUGGCAGCUGUAAAUAUGGGGCUAAUUGCCGAUAUAAUCAUCCUGACAGGAAUGAAUUAUCUUCUCCGUUCUCGGUUAUCAAUCCCAGUUCUGCAGUGGUUGGCCAUGCAGUUCUUCCUGCUCUAGCUAGUGUGAGUGCUGGGCUUAUCAAUCCUGCUGCCUCAAUUUUUCAAAGUCUUCAACCCGGCCUGCCUCAAACAACGUUUGGACAGGUCCCAGUCAUAUACCCUCAACGCCCUGGCCAGAUUGAAUGUGAUUACUAUAUGAAAAGAGGAGAAUGUAAAUUUGGAGAAAGGUGCAAGUUCCAUCACCCUAUUGACAGAUCUGCACCCGCAAGAAACCAGACCCUAGAACAAAAUGUUAAAUUUACUCUCGCAGGUCUUCCAAGGAGAGAGGGUGUUCAACACUGCCCCUUCUAUAUGAAGACUGGUACAUGUAGCUAUGCCGUUAAUUGCAAGUUUGACCACCCACCUCCAGGAGAGGUCAUGGCCGCAGCAGGAAAGGAAACAUUAACAAAGGCUGAAGAGGAAGGGAAAGAGAGUGAAGAGGGUGCUGCAACAGCUGAAAAGUAGCAGCAGGCUUUUGUUAAUUCUAGAAUUCUUUUAGUAUAUACCAGAUCCUUUGUUGUUGGAAACAAUUUUCUGUUUGUUUCGAUACGUCAUGCGUCUAUUUUGUUUCCCUUUCCCCCCUUUGAAAGGUAUUAAUCUCUAGAAAUGGCUUUGGUCUACAAGCGUUUGUUUGACUUGGAAGUGCUUGAAGAAGAACUUAAAUGGUAUUUUCUUCGUUCUCAAAUAAAUUUCCAUUUAGAUA